CUCCUGGGCCCCUGGCUUCCUUUUCUGCACCCAAAGGGGUGGGUCCAGCAGUUCCCCCUUCCGCAAGGCUCCCUCCCUCGCCCCUUGCCGGGCUCUCGGGCUGCAGCCUGUGCAUAGCUGCCCCUAGGAGGAGGCCUGGAGCUACUGCCCCGGCCCACGUGGUUGCUGCGGCCAUGCUGAGGACGCUGCCCCGCGCCCUGCGCCCCCUGACCCCCGGCUGGACCCUGGCCCGCGGCUGGGCCUCGGGGGACGCGGCUCAGAGCGCCGAGAUCCAAGUGCGCGCCCUGCGAGGGGACCGGGAUGCAGGUAUCACUGAGAUUCUGAUGAACAGACCUCACACCCGAAAUGCUCUGGGCAAAGUCUUCGUCAGCCAGUUGUCGGAUGCCCUGGACGAGCUUCGCCUGGACAGAAGCGUCCGAGUGGUCGUGUUUAAGAGCUGUGUCCAGGGGGUGUUCUGUGCAGGUGCGGACCUGAAGGAGAGGGAGCAGAUGAGCGAGCCCGAGGUGGCCGCCUUCGUGCACAAGCUGCGGGCUCUGAUGAACCAGAUCGCCACGUUCCCUGCGCCCACCAUCGCGGCCCUGGAUGGAUUCGCCCUGGGCGGGGGGCUCGAGCUGGCCUUGGCCUGUGAUCUCCGAGUGGCAGCUUCCUCCGCCGUCAUGGGACUGAUAGAGACGACGCGAGGACUCCUUCCAGGGGCAGGGGGAACCCAGCGCCUGCCUCGGUGUGUGGGGGUGGGCCUGGCCAAGGAGCUCAUCUUCACCGGGCGCCGCAUCAGCGGAGAAGAAGCGAAGGCCAUCGGGCUGGUGAACCAUGCGGUGCCUCAGGACCAGGAGGGCACCGCAGCCUACCGCAGGUCCCUGGAGCUUGCCAGGGAGAUCGUGCCACAGGCCCCCAUCGCAGUGAGAAUGGGAAAAGUGGCCAUUGACAGAGGAAUGGAGGUGGACAUCUCUUCCGGAAUGGCCAUCGAAGGAAUGUGUUAUGCCCAGAACAUCCCAACUCGGGACCGGCUAGAAGGCAUGGCGGCCUUCCGGGAGAAGCGGCCGCCCCGUUUUGUUGGCGAGUGACAAGCGUAUUCCCUGCAGCCUUGGCCCCUGGGGGGACGCACUUAGAAAAGUCGGCUCUUGAGAGCAUGUGCUUUGUUUCCCCAUAAAAUCCUUCCCCCUGGUCAGUAACGGCUGUGGUUCACCUUCCCUCCGGAUCACUGCUUUGCAUCUUACGGGGGUGGAAGAGCUCAGGAGACUCGGACCCCUCUCUGGGUUUCAGCAGUAAUAAGUAGCAUUUCGAUCGCACCUUCAUUUGAUCUCCACAAUCAUCCUGGGAGCGCGAUGCUAUUAUUAUUCCCAUUUAACUGAUGAAGAAACUGAGGCCCAGAGAGGCUAAGGGACAUGCCCGGGUCACACAGCUAACAAGUAUCAGAAGUAAGAUUCAGACACUGCAGCCUCCUGCUUGGACAGACACACAUGCAAGCUCUGGUACUUUCUUUGAAAAAAGACAGCUCGCCUUCCACCUUAGAAUCAAUAGCACGUAUUGGUUCCAAGGCAGAAGAGCGGUCAGGGCUAGCCAGUGGGGGUGAAGUGACUUGCCCAGGGUCACCCAGCUAGCACGUGUCGGAGGCCAGAUUUGAAGGCCCAGUAUUUUCUAACCCGAUCUCCCUGCCGUUGGGGAAAAGCGAAAGGCCUGGCUCUUGGCCAGGACCCCCAGAAAUGGCCUGGCACGUGAAGCCUAUUCCCAGUCCCUCCACCCCCAUCCCUUAGAAGUUCUGGCUGCCGGACCGCCUGGGGACCAAGUCUGGCCCAGCAGGAAAUAAGACAAUUGGGCCGAGGGAGAGCGGCCUGGCAGGCAGUGCCGCCCUCCUUGUGGCUGGACAUCUACAGCUGUCCAUCUACAAAGGCAUCUACUUCUCCCCCUGCACCCCCCGGGGGGGGAGGGGGCCUUGUGGACCAGGCAGUGCAGCCCCCUCAUUACCGAGAGCCCUGGGGAGGCGCAAGAAUGGCAGAGGCAGAACCAGACACCCUCCUCUCCCGAGUCUCAGCACGGCUACCUAGUGAGGAGCCCAGCAUCCUCCAGAGAUGGCAGCUAAGCUCCCCCUGACCCCCAUCCCCUUAGCUGCAGCUCCAGAGCGCUCUAUGAGAAAGCACAGCUUCCGGCACUGAGGCAGCCACUUUCCCAGAACCAGCCUCCAGAACUGCCAUCUCCAGGAUCAACUCAGAAAACCAAGAAAAAGGACAGACAGGCCUCCAGGGAGGAAGAGGGCGAGAAGAGAGCUUAGAAUCACACCUUAAUUCAUCACUAUGUUACUAUAUAGUAUAGGCGAAUAAUGUCUUCCUCAAGUGGUGCCCUCCCUUCUGGCUGAGGCCGGUGAUUCCAUCUUCUCUGGUGGAUUGGCGGCCUCGUCAUCCCCAUUCUUACUUGACAUCAGUCUCUCCCUGCUGCCACGUAGACAAAGCCCUUUGCUCCAUCCUUCAAGGCCUGCUCUACCUGUCACACCCCCUUCUCUAACAGUCAUCCCCCUUGGAGAACCCCACUGCCUGAGAGAGAGCCAUGUCUGCAGCCGGGAAGUCCUGGGUUCAAACCUAGCCUCAGACACUUCCUAGCUUUGUGACCUUGGGCAAGUCACUUAUUGCCUAGUCCUUACCGCUCUUCUGCCUUGGAAUGGAUACUUCCUAUUGAUUCUAAGACAGCACUCCAGCUUAUGCAGCCCUUUACACCUCCUUCCCUCCCAGCCUUCUUACAUCCUGGCUCCCCAAGUAUUCUCUCAGCCAGUGAUCUGACCUUGCCUGACUGACUGUGCCUUCGCCUCGGUCAUCUACCAAGUCUCCAGUUUCUGGCUUCCUUCAAGGAAGUCCCAGCUAAAGUCCCUUCUCAGUCCUCCUCAAUCUUCGAUCCUUCCACUGAGAUUCUCUCCAAAUCUUGUUUGUAGCUAGUUGUUUGAUGUUGCCUUCCUUUUCUCAGAUUCUAAGAUGGAAGGUAAGAGGGCAAGAAAAAGAGACAAGGAAGGAAGGAAGGAAGGAAGGAGGGAGGGAGGGAGGGAGGGAAGGAAGGAAGGAAAGAAGGAAGGAAGGAAGGAAAGGGAAGGGAGGUGUUUUCUAUCUGUUUUUCAGAACUGACUGACCCCAAUGAAUUGGAGUUCAAAUGGUGUGGUUUUUGGUACCAGUAAUGCUUCCUUUGUCCUGUAUCAGUUUACAUAAGGCGGCCUAUGCUUCUCUGAAUUCCUCAUGUAGUAAUAUUCACCAUACUUAGAUACUAUCAUUUACUCAGCCAUUUCCCAAUGGGCGGCUGAUUUUGUUGGUUUUUUUGCCAUCAUUAAAAAAUGCUAUGACAUCAUGGCACACAUAGGGAGCUUUUCUGUCUGCCUUAGACAUUCUUGAGUUAAGUCUAGGCAGGGACCAUGGCUUUUGCCAUUUCUUUGAUUCCCUGAGCUUAAUCCAGUGCCUGACACACAAGAGGCACUUUAUAAAUGUACACUUGACUGAACAAAUUCAAUAGUCCAAAAAAAGUUGCCGCUAAAUGCUAAGCACGGCAGUCAAAUUCUCUGGAGAGAGCUGCAUGGAAGGAAGUUAAAGGUGAAAAGGCAGGCAAGAUGGGAAGGAACUGGGCUGAUGAGAUUUCAAUGCCAAACAAGACUUUGUUUGAUUCUGGUGCCCGCUAGAUGUUUCUCAGGUUUGUGGAGCAGGACAGACCCAUGCUUUAGGAAAAAGUGCUUUGGCAGCUAAAUGGAGACAAGGAGACCAAUGAGGCAAUAGGAGUGGUCCAGGAAAAAGGUGAUAAAAGGCCUGAAUUCUUGAGAUUAUUUCCAAUUUAUCCUAUCUUCUUUGUACACAGUUGUUGACAUGUUUUCCUCCCCUCUUGGACUGGGAGCUCCUGGGCAGGGGCUAUUUUUUUCUCUUUGUACCUUCAGUGCUUAGUACAGUGCCAGGCACACAAUAGGAGCAUAGUCAAUGCCAGUUCGAUGAGAUAGGACCUAGGAUUGGGGUUGUGUGAGUAGAGAAGGCCCUGCACAUGGAAAAGGAGGGAACUUAUAAAGACAGAAUGACAAGGUCUGACAAUAGACACAUGGGGUAUGAGUAAAAAUUCUAAGGGGAUACCAAGAUUGGAAUCCUGAGUGACUGAAAAAUGAUGGUGCCUUAGCAAUAAUUGGGAAGAGAUUUGGGAAGAAAAAUCCUAAGUUCAGCUUGAGAUGGCCUAUGGAAAUAUUUGGAGAGGCAAGGCUUGACCUGAGAAUCAUCUAUAGUUGUAAGGGGGGGAUAUUUUUAAAAGGGUUGGACUUGAUUAUUUAAGAAUGGUCGACAGGAAUUUAAUUCCAAAAGAGAUUUAUUUUACAAUUUAUUUACAAAACAUAGAGAAGAAUGAAGGAAAUCAGAGAGAGGGGAUAAGGUAAGAUAUCUAGCCUAAGCACUAAGUAAUUUACUUUUGCCCCACCCCCACCUCCCUUUUACAUCUACCAAUCACAGUUUACACUUUUGCUUUUAGGACUGCUGUGGGGCAGUCAGUUGAUUUUGAUUCGUCACCCACUAUUUCACACAUGGGUCACAGACUUCCCACUUAAUGUGGAAAUGGGGUGUUUACACCUUUGGUGAUUAAAUCUAAAAAUAGGCACGGGUUACAAUUUAAUCUUCAUAGUCAGGGGAGAGUUAAUUAAUUUCAUUGUAGAGUUAAAUUUAAUAUCCACAUAGUCAAUGCAGGAGAGCUGAUGAGGUCACUGACUGAGAUAAUAUAAGACUAGCAGAGGAAGGCCAUGGACCUCUUGGGAGACACCCAAGAUGAGGGGCAUGACCUCCAGGAAGGAGAGGACAAUAUCCAGGAUGAGAAAGAAAUCAAAGAUUGCACAGAGAGCUCCAAGAGAUAAGUAUUAGAUUUGGCAAUGAAAUUGUCAUUGGUAAUGGAAGGGAAAACAAACAGCUUUGGAUUAUUUCUCAAGGAUAAAAUAGAAAUAGAAAUGUUUCCCAUCUUCCUCCUGGGUGAGAUCCAUUUUGAAUAUAGACUGAUGUCUAGUCAAUUGCCCCCAACAAAUUAAAUCUUGCUAUUUCUUGGUUAGCAGAUCAUUCCUGGGGAAACCUGGCAUCAGCAGCUAGCAGGAGUCAAAUUGCCAGGCUUCUUCCCAGCCCAUCCACUUAGACCCUUCUGCAGCCUUUGACAGAGUGGAUCACUCUUCUUGGAUUCUCUCCUAGUUCUACCAGUCUAACCUCUUUUUAUUAGUCUUCUUGGCUGGAUCUUCAACUAGGUCACACCAUGUGAGUGUCUCCCAAAAUUCCAUCCCAGGCCACAUUUUCUAUGCCAACCACAUUAUCUUCCUUGUAAUCUGCUCAGGAUUCUCUGUCCUAUUUGUUAAGCCUAACCAGAGUCUCCUCUCAGCCUCACAUCACCUAUUAUCUAUUAAAUCUUAAACUGGAAAUAUUAAAACCAUGUCCAAAAUAAUAACAGCUAACAUUAGAGAUGGUUACCAAUAGAAAGGCUUCUCUCCUCUGCCACUAGCCCCCACUUUGGUGCUGGCCCUCAUCACCUCCUAUCUGAUUACUGCAGUAACUGCUGGGGAGGGUCUGCCCACUUUGAAUCUCUCCCUGCUCCAAUCCAUGUUCUACUCAGCUGCCAAAAUGGUCAUCCUGAAAUACAGCCAAGUAUGCCAACCCUCAUCACCUGCAGUGGUUACUUACUCUCUCCAGGAUCAAAAUGAAGUCCUGUUUGGCUUUUAAAGCCCUGUGCAACCUGGCCCCUUCCUACUUAGCAGUCUUCAGACACUUUCUUCCCUCCAUGGACUCUACAAUCUGGUGAUGGAGUGCCUCAAACCCAUCACUCUUAUUUGCCAUCCUUUGGGCUUUCUCCCUGAUUUCCCACACCCCUGGGAAACUUUCUUCCUUACCCUAUCUCCUGUCUGCCUUCAAGAUUCAGUUCGAAUACUCUCUCCUGCAGGUCUUUUCCAUUUCCCCGGGCUCUCCUCUAAACCCUCUAGGACUUUCCCUCAGAGAUUACUCCCCAUUUAUUCUGUAGGAAUCUUUUUUAAAAUUAGGUCUUUUUUAAAUAUCAUAAUUGUUCCCCACCCUCAGUAUCCUUCCCCUUUUCCUCUUAGGGAGCCAUCCCACAAUAGUACUUUUUAAGACAAAAAAAGAGCAAAAGAAUAAGAUCACUGCAUCAACUAAAUAUGAGAAUGCAUGCCAUAUGCCCCAUGUGUGGGCCUCCCUCCCACUUCUGCAAGGGAUGAGGUAGAAGUGUCUCCUGAUGUCCUUUUCUUUGUGAUUUUUUAACAUUCCCUUUUGAUUGUAUUUGCUCUUCCUAUUUACACUGUAGUCCCUAUAUAGUUGGGGGCUUUAAACUGCAUCAGUUCUGUAGAUCUGUCCACACUUCUCUAUAUCAGCACAUUUGACAUUUCUCAAGCCACAGUAAAAUGGACAGCCAGCUAGGUUCAAAUCCAGCCUGUUACUAGCUGGGUGACCCUGAGCAAGUUACCAAACCUGUUCCGAGUUUCCCCAAUGGAAAAUAGGAAAACAAUUUUUGUUUCCAGUCCUUUGAUGUCACAAAAAAAUUUGGGGGACUUUGCAAGAACCUACUUGAUUGGGAAAUCUAGUAAUGGAAUCUCUGGGUCAAAGGUUAUGGACAAUUUAGUUGCUUUUAUUUCAUAAUUCCAAACUGCCUUCCAAAAUGGUGGCUGGGGUCAUAAAAAGGACAGGAUGAAGAGACUUGAAGAAGAGGAAUGAAAGUCACCUGGCAGAUAACUGGGUGAAUGAGAAGGAAGAUGCUUAUCAAGUUGCACAGCUGGGUGACUGGAAGGGGAAUGGUGGCUGAGCCAGAUGGACAAUUCAGUGGUUCACAGAACCAAGUCUGAAGGGACCUCAGGGUCAACAUCAUUACCAUUAUUAAACAGACCUCAGUUUACACAAAGAGA